AUGCACCGAAUAAUCAAGGAUUUUAUGAUUCAAGGAGGUGAUUUUGAACGUGGAAAUGGAACUGGAUCAUUGACUAUUUAUGGUCUGAGUACUUUCGAUGAUGAAGGCUUCCCGUAUGAUCAUAAGAAGUACAGUGUAUCUAUGGCCAACUCAGGCCCAAACACUAACGGAUGUCAGUUUUUCAUUUGCACAAAAGAUGCUUCCCAUUUAGAUGGUAAGCAUGUUGUGUUUGGGAGAGUAAUUGAGGGUUUCAAGAUAGUUGACGAGCUUAAUCAGACGAGAACCAAGAAUGAUCUGCCUACAGAAGAAGUCAUAAUAGAGGAAUGUGGGGAGAUGUAA